AUGUCUAUCCAGGAACUUGCAGAAGUUAUUGGACCACUAGUGUCUAGUUUUCCAGGGGUGCUUUAUGGCCCACUUUUCUAUAGACAGUCAGAACAUGAUAAAACCAUGGCACUUAGGCAAAAUAAAGGAAACUAUCAGGCAUGUAUAAAAUUAUCGCAAGAAAGCGUUGCAGAACUACAGUGGUGGUGCAAUAAUAUUGAGACAGCUGAAUAUCCUAUUUGUACACCAAAGGCAAAGAUUGGCAUUACCCCGUAUACUGAUGCCUCAAGCAAGGGUUGGGGUGCAGUCAUCGGUGGGGAAAAAACAGGAGGCGGAUGGGCUGAAACUGAAUUAAAAAAUCACAUUGUCUCGAACUCAAGGCUGUAUUCCUUGGUUUGAAAACCUUCUGUCUUAAUAUGACAUCUGUACACAUACGCAUUUAAUCGGACAAUACCACUACUGUUAACUAUAUUAACUCUAUGGGAGGCACAUUCUAUGGGGUGCAACUCUGUCGCCAAGGAGAUUUGGCUGUUCUGUAUUCAGAGAGAGAUCUGGAUUUCUGCAGCUCAUAUCCCGGGGAAUAACAAUAUUCAGGUGGACAGCGAGUUUACGGUUUUUACUGACAAUAAGGAAUGGAUGCUCAGGAAAGAGAUUUUUCAAAACGUUACAGAAAGUUGGGGGCAACCCACUAUAGAUCUCUUUGCCUCAAGGCUAAAUGUGCCAGUUGCUUGUUAUGCAUCCUGGAGCAACUUAUGUUGAUGCUUUUUUAAUCAGCUGGGAAAACCAAUUUUUCCAUGCUUUUCCCCCAUUUGGUUUUGAUUGCUCGUUGCCUGCAGAAGAUAGCAAUGGAGAGGACAGAGGGCAUAAUGAUUGUUCCUUUAUGGCCAACUCAGCCAUGGUACUCACAGCAGUUACACCUGAUCGUGGAUGUUCCCAGGACACUUUCACAACUGACCAUGCUCAAAAUGCCUGGGAGAGAACACGAACCACACCCACUAAUCAAGACGAUGGUUCUGAUGGCAUGCAGAUUAUCAGGGAAUCCCUUGCAGCACAACUGAUUUCUCAGAAGGCUAAAGACAUCAUCGUCUAAUCUUGGUGGCAAGGAACUCAACAACAAUACUCAUCUUACAUUAAGAGGUGGAUUUCGUUCUGUCAUAGACAACAAAUUGAUUGUGUUUCCCCCAAUAUAUCCCAAGCGGUAGAUUUUUUUAGUUGAACUGUAUGACAGUGGAAUAGGAUAUAGUGGUAUAAACACUGCUAGGUCGUCUUUCUCGUGUGUUGUCCAACCCAUAAAUGGGAUAUCAUUUUGCUCCCAUCCUACGGUUACAAGUUUUCUCAAAGGUGUUUUCAAAUCAAGACCCACAGCACCACGAUACACACAAACUUGGGACGUUGGCAAAGUAAUCAGCUACCUUCAGACCAUACUAAACUCAGACGAUGUAUCGUUAAAGGACUUGACAUUAAAAACUGUCAAGCUAGUAUCGUUAGUGUCUGCCCAAAGAGGCAAAACCAUUCAUUAUCUUAAUCUUAAUGAUAUGAUUAGUUCCGAAACUUUGAUUACAUAUACAUUGAGCAAACUGCUCAAACAAUCAAAACCAGGAGUUAGGCCAAUGGUAGUUCAGUUUACUUCAUAUCCUGCUGACCCUCGUAUUUGCGUGGUCACUACUCUCAAGAUGUACUUAGCUUGUCUAAGGUGUAAACGUGCGGACUAUAAGCAAUUGUUUAUUAGUUACUUGAAACCUUUCAAGCCAUUGUCUAGAAGUACUAUUAGCAGGUGGAUUAAGGUUGUUAUGUGCAGCUCUGGGAUAAAUGUAGAAGUUUUAAGGCAACACAGUACCAGGGCUGCAGCCACAUCCAAAGCAAGUGCAAGUCUUGUUCCUUUAGAUCAGAUUUUAUCUACAACUGGGUGGAGCUCAGUCUCCACAUUUGCUAAGUUUUACAACAAACAAAUUGAUGUCAAGAACAGUUUUGCUGAAAGUGUUUUGCAGUCUGUAGACUAAGUGACAAUAAAUUGUUCUUACCAUCUUUGGAUUCUGUGUUGACUGUUUUUGCAUGUGUGCAGUGUGCUUUCUCAUGUUAGUCCUCAGUGCGGUGACGGAAUAGAAUUCAAAAAUUAAAUAAGACUUACCGGGAAGUUGAAGUUUGAUUGGAAUUCUAUUUGUCACCAAGCACUGAGGGAUUACAUGCCCUCCCAACUUAUACCCUCCCAUUUCCUUGACAGGGAGUUUGUGCAGGUGCAAUACUAUCUCCUGUAAUCCCUCAGUUCUUGGUGAUGAAUAGAAUUCCAAUCAAACUCAGGUAAGUCUCGUUUAAUCUUUGAAUUUCACAUCAACAAUAGAAAUUCCAGGGGCUCUAAGACACGUAUGAUGUUCCACAGGGCAAAAUAAUCUACAUGUCUUGCAGAACUUAGCCUACACACUCAGGAUCUAUUCGAAUGCAUUCUCUUCAACUUGUUUGCCCCAGAAAUUUUGGAAAAAAUGCAAUUUGAAGCUUUUAGAUCCAUUAUAACCCAAAUUGUUACUUGACAUGUACAAAGUCGAGCACUAGGCUGGCUCUUGUCCCUGAUGGUGCAUUAGUCACCUCCCUAAGUUUGAGCAUACGGUUUUGUAAAUUUAUAACCCUUUGGUCGUCACUUCCUGAGAAGUUAUAUUGUUACCAUUUUUUAACAAAACAAAGAAAGAAUCAUUAAGGAGGAUUAUGUACUUCUAUUAUUUGCAAGACGUUUUAAAUAAGUGUUACAGCACCAUCAAGAAGGCAUUAAUUUAACAAGUGUUUGGCACUCUUUGACAAUCAAGUACAUUAGGGAACUGUGCCUAAAGAUUACCCAAAUUGAUGCCCUACUUCUUCGAUUCACUCGUAACAUGCUGUAACAGACAAUACUAUGUGUUUCUGCUUUUAAUACUCAAGUGACAUAAUGAGGCACCGAAAGUCCUUGAAUUGACUGAUAAUGGCAGAUAUAGUAGCUAUUUGGGGACUUGUUGUACCCUUCCAUGGAAUAAAAAGUUUAAGUCAGAGAUCACAACCCAUGUAAAGGAAAUAAAAGGAGGAGUUUGUGAUGUAGUAGUCAUGAAAGUGAACAAGAAAUAUACCAAGAAAUAUUAA